AUCAAUUCAUGAACAGAUAUUUUUUUGCGGGGUCCCCUGUUUUAGAGAGUCUUCAUCUAUAUCCAUCUUUUCUUUUUUCUAUAUCCACUUACCAUUUUUCUCUAUUUCCACACCCUAUCUUAUUUCAUCUAACAAUGUUUACCUGCGUCAUUUGCCCUUGGAGGUAGCAAAAAAUCUGUCUGGAAGUUUGAAAUUUUGCAUAAUAAUAGAUAUUUGAGACAUUACAGAAACCAGGUCCCACUCUCUCUAUAUAAUCUGAUCCGGCACAGAACCAAAAACCUCACUCGGGCCUCGGCAAACUCAGAGAAGAAAGAGAAGAAGAAGAAGAAGAAAGAUGUUGCUAGACAAGAUGUGGGACGAUGUCGUUGCGGGGCCUCAGCCCGAUCGUGGCCUUGGCAAGCUCAGAAAGAUCAGCACAAAACCCGUGACCAUAGAAGGGGAAGGAGAGACGAGCAAGUUCCAGAGGUCCAUCUCGAUGCCAGCUAGUCCAGGGACACCUUCCACACCGGUGACGCCCACAACCCCGGUUUCGGCUCGCAAGGACAACGUAUGGAGGAGCGUUUUCCACCCUGGUAGCAACCUUGCUACUAAGGGUCUUGGAGCUCAGCUUUUUGACAAGCCACAGCCAAAUUCUCCUACUGUUUAUGACUGGCUUUACAGUGGAGAAACCAGAAGCAAGCAUCGCUGAGGCGGCAGUCAAAGAGGGUUGCCAUGUAAAUAUCGUCGUUUUGUUCCCUUAUCUGCGCUGAUCUUUGUCGUUUUAAUGUUGCUAUAUGAGCACUAUUCCUAUGGCUUCAAGCUGACCACAAGUAUUUUAGCUUUUGCGAGUAAAAUUGCUGAGGUAUGGAUUGUUGGAACGGUGGAUUGAUCUUCGCAAGUCAAGAUCUGCCGUGGACGGUGGUGAUGGAACCGCUUUUGUUAUUAAAUAAAUAAAUUGAAUAUUGUAAGCUUUUUUUUCUCAUUAAAUAAUUUUAUUGGACGUCAUCUUUAUCUAUUUGGUAUUAAUGUAAUUAUAUGUUAUUUUAGCUUA